AGAAGCGGAAGUUAGUCAAUGCACAUGCGCACAGACUUUGACUGAAGCCGUCUCAAACAUGGCGCUGACAAAAACCGUGUACAAUCUUCUCUUCAGGAGAACAUCCACCUUCGCCGUAACCAUCAUGGUUGGAGCUGUCUUCUUUGAGCGGAUAUUCGAUCAAGGCGGAGACGCUAUAUUUGAGCAAAUGAAUCGUGGGAAACUAUGGAAACACAUCAAGCACAACUACGAGAACAAAGACGAGUAAAGAAGGGGACGCAGGCCGGGGUGUCACUCGUCCACUUUGCAUCCACCCUGGACUUGGAUCCGAACAACAACAUCCAACAACCAUGGACUGACUAUGCUCCAAGUAGGCCUAAAAUCUUGACCAUACUACCCUCAAGAUGGAGCAAUGGACGCUUGUCACAUCAUGAUCCAUAUUCCUGUUAAUACCUUUGUCAACCUCGCAUGUUGUAAAUUGUUAAAUUAAACGUGUUAAUGUCGUACGAA